GGGACGACAUCAUCGUUUGAGGUCAAGCCCGGCUGUCUUGGGUUUCCUAUAGAAGAAUAGAAAACACGGCCUUACUAAGAGAUCUCAUCCCAGAAUGCCGGAAGGGGGUUUAUUAGAAGAGCAACAAGAAAGAGAGCUGGGCUGAAAAGGCGCUGGCGAGAAUCACUGACUGCUGGGUGACGUCAUGUUUGCUUGAAGAUAUAAGGCACCAUUGCCCGAACGAUUGAUCAGUUACAUGAGCCUAGCUAUUAAGCCCUGUUACCUCACAUAUCUUAGUAAAUACCUCACUUACUCGCCUCCCUACUUAUUUUAACCUGCGCACAUCGCCGUUUGAAACGCAACUAAAACGUCACCAACCUUCCAUCAUGGCUUCACAAUCUUCCGCACCGCUCAGCGGCAGCAACCCCGCUCCCAACAACGAAAGCGACAAGAGCAACACCACAACUGAUGCCGACGCCAAUGGCAGCAACACCGACCCCAACUUCCCCUACAAGUCCAGGCUCGACGACUACGCCAGGAGCCUGAAGCACCCCAUCAAGCGCGCAGGCGCCAACCCCAGCGGCACCACUGGCGGCACAAUUGUCGAGAAGGUGUCCGAUUACAUACCUGCCGUGGGCAAGGUGCUCGGCGCAGGCGGGUCCAAGGGGGCGCCGGAGCCUGCUGCUGCUUCUGAGUCCGAGAUAGGCGGCCCUCCGAACCGGCCCGACCACGACCCUCAGAUUGCCGAGUUCGUCCGCGACCAGCAUCGCAGCAAGGGGGUCAUGCCUGAAGCGGAGACGUGAUGUCCGGGCCGGAGAGCAAUCGCUAGUCGUGGAACGGCGCGGUGAUAGCAGACAGCUCUGUCGACCCGCACGCAGGAAGAGCGGUGCAAUUGGUAAUGGCUUCGUGCGGUUGGCGUUUCCCAGUCUUGUUUCUACUCAAUUGCAACACCAUUGCUUGGUCCUAGUCUUGUUUAGGUGGUGCUUUUUAUUACUGCGAAUUCCACUAGUACAUUCUCAAGAUUUGCCCCUACUCCGUCUAUUUACUAAAAACGAAAGCGGACAACGGCGAAAAAAGAAAAGGCCGUGAAAAAUAAGAGCGAACCAAAAAGGAAAGACGAGAUGACCAAGAAGAAAAAGCAAGAGAAUUAGGUCAUACCCGGGGUCGAACCGGGGUUACUGGA